CGCCGCUACGCGCCAGUAGCAAUCGCGCGCGCUCCCCACACAAACGCACCCUGUGCCAAUACCGAAAACGAGGGAACCGUUUGCCGAGUGUAUUAUCUGUGUUUGUGUGUCUGUGCGCUGUGUUUUUGGAUGCGAGAAAAAAGUUUGGCAUGUGAUCCGUUCCCUGUUUCGCUUCGAGUAGAACCGAUUACUGAACCGAAAGAUUCUGAGUAGAGACCACGCACUGAACCUCAUAAAAAAAUCAACAAUGAUAACGUUAAACAAAAGCCAAGUUAAUUCUCGAUCAAGGCAGUACGAGUAAUUGAACCGGCAUGGAUAUAGACGAGAAAGUGUCCGGCCCGGGCGGGGCCUCCCAGAAGAACUGGUCGCAUCUGCUACACGUGAACAACACUUACGAUGAACUCCCGCUGGAGAUGCGCUUCAACUAUAGCCACAUGGUCUCCAUGACGGUAUACAGUGUGCUGAUGGUGAUAUCAGCGACAGGCAACUUGACGGUUCUUUAUCAACUGGUCCGGAGAAGACGAGCGAAACGCGCCAGCAGAUUGGACAUAUUGCUCAUGCAUUUGGCUGUCGCUGACCUCAUGGUCACAUUCCUGAUGAUGCCGCUGGAGAUUGCGUGGGCCGGAACGGUGCAGUGGUUCGCAGGAGACCUGAUGUGCCGCGUCAUGAUGUUCACGAGAACCUUCGGACUUUACCUGUCCAGCUUCGUUCUAAUAUGUAUUGCCGUUGAUAGAUACUACGCAAUUUUGAAGCCUCUGAACGUGACUUGGGAAGCGAAGGUCCGCCGCGCCAUUAUCGUGGCGUGGGUGUGUGCCGGCCUCGCGAGUCUCCCGCAGAGUUUCAUCUUCCACGUUGAAGAGCACCCCGAAGUUAAAGGUUACAAUCAAUGCGUGUCUUACGGCUCCCUGCCAACGGAGAAGCAUGAAUUCGCUUACUUCCUAGUUAACAUGAUCCUUAUGUACGUGAUCCCACUGGUCUCGACGCUUUAUUGCUCCUGCGCAGCGCUAUUCGAGAUCAUCAGGAGAGCUAAUACUGCUAACGAUAAGAUGCGUCGAAGCGGCAUCGGUCUUCUGGGAAGGGCUCGCGCUCGCACCCUCAAAAUGACGGUCACCAUAGUCCUGGUCUUCUUCACGUGCUGGUCGCCGUACUACUGCUACUGUCUGUGGUAUUGGAUUGACAAGGAAUCUAUAAAGAACUUGGAUCCGGCAUUGCAGAAGGCGAUGUGGCUAUUCUCAUGUACCAAUUCUUGCGCGAACCCCAUCGUUUACGGAGUAUUUAAUAGGAACAGGUGGAAUUGGCGUGCUGGAAAGUUUCAGAACGGGCGAUGUCGCAGCGGCAGCGGGAGGAAAGGUUCGCGUCUCCCGCACGGCGAGUCUACGGAAAUAUCUGCGGCCACCCUCUCGCGAGCGAGACACUCGAACGGAAGCGAUCACAACGGCCGUCGAGAUUCAUCUUAUGCAAACCAAAACGGACCUCAAAAGCACUGGAACACGAUCAACAAUAACCACGUAACGAACGGUAUGGUUUAACAAUAGAAUAAAAACUCGUAGUGAAACCGAUUUUAAUGUAUGUUAUUCCUAAUAAAUAUUAUAAGUCGCAAGCUAUUUAUAUGUAGCUGAUAAAAAUAGCAGUUAUGUUAUAGAACAUAAAUAUUGGAAUUAUUGUGAAAUUUUAAAGUGUUUACGUGGCGUUAAAUGCAUUUUUUUGACCGCCAUUUAAUCUUGUUUUUUUUUAAAGUUACAUACAUAAAGGUGUUUCUUAUUACUUUUAAAGUUUCAACGUUUAUUGAUAUUACAUAUUAUUAUAUAGUUCUAGAUAAUAUAUAAGAUGUGCACGUUAGAAUUAACAACCGUAAUGGUGAUAGAAUUUAAUGUACCAUAGGGAUAUUUAGAUAUAAAUGUGAGCUGUAAUCUAUGUAAAUAUUGAAAAAUAAUAUUAAAAGCUAUGGGAUAAUCUGUGAAUCUUUCAAUAAAAGGAAGCAUCAGUUUGUAGCCACUGGCCACAUGGUCUUCCAAGCGGUGUUCGGAAUUUGUGAUUGUCGAAAUUACUGAAAUGAAGUCAUAGCUACCAGUAAAUAAAAUGUUACAGUAAUAUAUUAUUCUAAUAUGGCUACCAUGGCUUUAUUUAAUCAAAAGUAAGCCGCUGUCUUUUUGUCGAUCCCGGGCGUGUAUUGAGGCUUACAUUGAAUAUUCGUUAAUUCAAUCGAAUAAUAAAAUCCAGAGAGCAAAAUACCUUACGAAAUAUAUGAAGGAUACGGCCAAAAUUCCAGCUUCCAAUGAAAUAUCAACUAUACUAUUGGACUAAAUUUGAGAGUACAUGCAACACCUUGUAAUAAUAAAUAAAAUUAACACUAGAUUUUAAUAUAUACUAAGUAUUGAUACUAUGUAUUGAUACUAGGUAUUCAUGUGAAUUAUAUUAGAGGUAAGCUCGAGCUGAAUGGAGUGAGAUUAUAUAGCAAAUGAAAAUACAAACAAGAAUUAAUUCAAUAUUAAUACCCUUUUAAAUCUUAUAUGGCGUUCUAAAAAAAUAAAAACAGCGUUACUUUUCUUAUCAGAAUUUGGACCGAAUUUUUUUCUAAACCUCUUAAUAUAGUUGCUAAUUAAACAGAUCUCAAAUUGUUCACUUCAAACCUCAAUAUGUAUACGUUAAAUAGAUUUAAGACAAUAGCUCUUAAAAAGUAUGUUUUUAAGUACAAUUAAAAACGAACAAAAGCGAUUAAUAUUGAUCUGUCUAUUUUGAAUUUGGUUGAUGCAUAGUUGCUUUCAUAUUUUUUGCGAAAUGUAAAUUUGCUUGGCAAAUGUAGAUCAUUUUAUCACUAACGAAAAGUCUUUACGUCUGUCCUACCUGCAUUUUCCAUGAGAACUGCUCUACAGGGACUUAUGUUAUAAUACUACGGGUUUCAGUUAUCCUCUUAAAACUACGUGCCCGUCUUGGACGUCUUGGUUAGAAAUCGUUUCUGCUUCUAUCUUAUUUUCAUCUGUCAUAAUCUGUCACCUGUCAUCUGUCAUCAUGACAGAUAAAACCAAACAUUUAUUUUAUAUAAAUAGACAAGAUGGCCGCAGAAACAAGUCUAUUUUUCGUACAAAUUGUAACAUUCCAUGAGAACGCUUAAUUUUAUUGUAAUUAUGUGAAGUUUAUUUAUUAAGACUGAAGGAUAUUAAGAAAGAUUCUUAAAGAGUUAUUCCGAUAUUUAUGUUAAUGUUGUUUAAAGGUUGUUUUCCUAUAACAGAUUUUAGGUUGUUAUUGUUCAAAGGUUUUAAUGUAAUAUAUACUUGGCUGUGAGGUGAUUGAUCUAGCAAAAUAGAGAUGUGAUUUUUGUACCAAAAUUUUAAAGUAAUUUAAUCAGUGAAUAAAUGAAUGAAAUGAAUUAAA